AUGGACUCCGAUGACGAAGAUCUCAAGCUGGCGAUGGCAAUGUCACUGCAAGGGGGUUCGCCCCGGGCCACUCGCGACACCACAGCAAGCGUCAAGACUGAGACCAUUGACCUCACAUCUGACAACGAUGAUGAUGAAGAUGAGGAUCUCCGGCGUGCGAUUGCCUUGUCAAUUCAGGAAAGUGGGAAUGAUAACAUCCAGCGAUCAUCAGCGGAAAUCGCUCCAAAGCCAGCGACCGUGGACAAAACUCCAGGUUUCAUGGGCAUGGAUCGAAGAGCCAUGGAACAAGAGCGUCUCGCAAGACUCGGUAAACGGAAACGCGAUGCAUCACCCGAGAGACCUUCGAAGCAAAUCGCAAGGUUGCCUGCAGCGAAAAGCACCGCAGAGAGUCCAUCAUUACAAUAUCCUAGAGGGGCGAUUAAGCGCACAUUUGCGUCCAAGUACCCACGGACCGACGACAUCACGAUCGACGAAUUAUUAGAAGCACCGAAAGUCAACAUCGCGGUGAUUAGCUCAUUUCAGUACGACUCAGGAUGGCUGUACGAGAAGCUUGACCCGACAAAGGUCAAACAAAUCUGGUUGAUGAAUGGUAAAUUCAAAGGCGAAGACGUGCAAGCGAAGCGCAUUCAAGAGUGGAAGGAAUCUGGAGUACCAAACAUGAAGCUACAUUUUCCACCAAUGGGUGGUAUGAUUGCUAGCAUGCAUAGCAAGUUCAUGCUGUUGUUUGGGAAAGACAAGUUGCGUAUUGCUGUACCAACCGCGAACAUGACGAAGACCGACUGGGGCGAAGUUCCAAACGACUGGCAACCCGGCAUCAUGGAGAACUCAGUAUUCUUGAUUGACCUUCCCCGGAGAACCGACGACACUGCUAGAAAGACCGGAGACUUGACGGCUUUUGGUCGCGAAUUGGUAUACUUCCUAGAAAAACAGGAAGUUGGGUCGCAGGUGGUUGAAGGCUUGCUGAAAUUCGACUUCACGGAAACCAGGCAUCUGGCUUUUGUUCACUCAAUUGGCGGUUCACACAAGAUCGAAUCGAAGCAUCCCACAGGUCUCCCUGGUCUCGCACAUGCUAUACGAGAGCUCCGUUUAGACGACGUCGAACACAUCGAGCUGGACUACGCAGCAUCGUCCCUCGGUGCUAUCAACGAUACCUUUCUGUCGCGCAUUCAUCUCGCAGCACGCGGCGAGUCGUUCACAACAGACACUACGCCUCUUCCCAAGGUGCACGAUGACAUUAGGAUCUACUUUCCUACCAAUGACACGGUUGAGAAAAGCAUCGGAGGUCCCGGAUGCGCGGGCAUCAUCACGUUGGGUACCCAAUGCUACAAUGCACCAACAUUCCCAAAAGAAUGCAUGCGUGAGUACGACUCUACGCGACGGGGUAUGCUAUCGCACAACAAACUGCUGUUCGCGCGCGGCCGUAAGAAGGACGGGAAGCCGUUCGCUUGGGUUUACGUUGGCACGGCCAACAUUUCAGAAUCAGCAUGGGGAGGACAAAAGGUAUUGAAAAGCGGACAAAUGGGGAGUCUGAACAUCAGGAACUGGGAGUGUGGUAUCGUCAUGCCUGUGCCAGAUGCCAAGCUUCGGGAUCUCAAGUGGAAUGAGAUACCUUCCAUGGGUGUGUUUGAAGGCACGGUCGAGGUUCCCUUUCGAUUUCCCGCGGACAAGUAUGAGGGCAAACAACCCUGGUUCUUCAGGCCAGGAUAG